AUGUCCCGUCAUGAAGGUGUCAGCUGUGACGCGUGUUUAAAGGGAAACUUCAGAGGUCGGAGAUACAAGUGUCUAAUCUGCUACGACUACGACUUGUGCGCGUCGUGUUAUGAGAGCGGAGCCACCACGACCCGCCACACCACAGAACAUCCCAUGCAGUGUAUAUUGACCCGGGUGGACUUCGACCUGUAUUAUGGCGGCGAGGCGUUCUCGGUGGAGCAGCCGCAGGCGUUCACGUGUCCGUACUGCGGGAGGAUGGGCUACACGGAGCUGUCUCUGCAGGAGCACGUGGCGGCGGAGCACACAGAGACCUCCACCGAAGUGAUCUGCCCCAUAUGUGCGGCGCUGCCCGGCGGAGACCCCAACCAUGUGACCGAUGACUUUGCGGCUCACCUCACACUCGAACACAGAGCACCCAGAGACCUCGAUGAGUCCAGUGGAGUGAGGCACGUCAGGAGGAUGUUCCACCCCGGCCGUGGACUAGGAGGACCCCGUGGGCGGCGCUCCAACAUGCACUUCACGAGCAGCACCACCGGGGGGCUCUCCAACAGUCAGAGCACCUCCCAGAGCUCCAGCUACAGCCGAGAGGCCAUGGACCCCAUUGCAGAGCUCCUGUCGCAGCUGUCCGGGGUGCGGCGCUCGGCGGGGGGCCAGCUCAGCGCGGGACCCUCGGCCUCUCAGCUCCAGCAGCUCCAGAUGCAGCUGCAGCUGGAGCGGCAGCAGGCCCAGGCCGCCCGGCAGCAGCUGGAGUCUGCCCGCAACGCCUCCAGAGUCUCCGGACGCUCCAGCUCCAUCCUGUCCACCGGCGCCAGUAACCCCGGCAACCCCAGCCCCAACCAGGGCCCCUCGGAGCAACCGCAGCACCCCGCCCACAACUCACAGUAUCUACUCAGCAGGCUGAGCGAGGCACGGCUGUCGGAGGCGGAGCGUCAGGCGUGCGAGGCGCAGUGGGCCGACCGCAGCCUGUUCGUGACGGAGCUGCUCCUCUCCACGCUGCUGCACGAGGACCACCACCACCUCCACCAGCAGCACCCACAGCCGCCCCCUCCUCCUCCUCCCGCCCGGACCUUCACCGACUUCCAGGCCAUGGGCUGCGUGGAAGUCAUGACCCUGGACGUGGCCCUGGAGAACCUCAACCUCAAAGAGAAGACCGCACCCACCGCCACCACCAAGUCGCCCAAAACUAGCUCAAAAACGGCGAAAAAAGAACCGCCACCUGCGCCUCCUCUUUGA